GCUCCUAAGAAAAACGUGGCGAACCACAUGCCCAAUUCCGACCUCAUUUCUGGAAACGUAACGAUUCCCUCGUUUCUUUCUGCCCUUCCAGACCAGGCCGCCGCCGUCUGGACGCGCCGACGACGCCCUAAAUCGCUGAGGAACUAGAUAAAGUCUUAGGGACUCAGAGCUCCAGGAUUUGGAUCUCUCCUGCCCGCUUCGAGUCUGUGUUUGAACCGCGCAGCUUCUUCUGCCUAGACUGUUUAUCUGGAGAAAGAGAGUUGGUGCGACAGGAAGGUCUCCCUUCGCUGCGGCAUGGCCGCCUCCGUUGGCUCUCAGCAUCGAUGCGUCUUCGUUGGGAAUAUUCCUUAUGAUGCUACGGAGGAGCAGCUCGUCCAGAUAUGCGAGGAAGUCGGCCCUGUGGUGUCUUUCAGGUUAGUCUCUGAUAGAGAAACUGGAAAGCCUAAAGGAUAUGGCUUUUGUGAAUAUAAGGAUGAAGAGACAGCUCUUAGUGCUCGCCGAAAUCUUCAAGGCUAUGAAAUAAAUGGCCGUCAGUUAAGAGUUGAUUUUGCUGAAAAUGAUAAAAAUGCUGACCGAAAUAGAGAACAGGGUCGUGGUGGACCAGGGUUGGCAUCUAGGGCUGAUGUUCAAAAACAACCUUCUGGAGCCCCUAAUUUAGUUGAUCCUCUGCAUCAACCAAUUGGCUUCCCUUUCGCUGCAACUGCUGCGAAUGCCAUGGCAGCAGCUUUAGGUGGUGCUCAGACUUCCAACACACAAAAUAUGUUACAUAACCACUCUGGAAAUGGAAAUGAUUCCUUAACUCACUAUCUGUCUAGACUAUCUAGACAUCAAUUGCUUGAGAUUAUGUCAGAGAUGAAGACCCUGACUACUCAGAACAAGCCACUAGUGCGACAACUCCUGCAAUCAAGCCCACAGUUAACAAAAGCUCUCUUUCAGGCACAGGUAAUACUAGGCAUGGUUACACCUCAGAUGAUGAAGAUUGCUGGUAGUGGACAGACUUCUUCACUGGCGCCAAGUGGGCAGUUAUCCAAAGGACAUGAAAAUCAGCUUCCGGUUACAUCACACACUUCUGGACACCUCCAACAGGCUAUGCUACCUCUUCAACAAAUCCGUGUUCAGCCUCAAUAUCAGCUACCACCACUGCCUCAAAAUCAAGUAUCAGUGGCAAAUGCAGCAGACAAAUUCGGAGUGACUGCAGUACCAUCAAGAUGGCCUCAAUCUAUUGGCAGUCUUCCAGUUCAACCUCAGCAAAUAUUGCAGAGACAACCCACUCUUCCCCAGUUGCCAGUGCCCACUGCUAUUGCAAAUAUAGCACAUAAUUCUCCUCUAGCCCUUCCAAAUGUGACUCUGCAACAGUCAAACUUGAUACCUCCUCUUACUUCACAGCCUGGCUCAUCAAGUGGUCUGCCGCAGGUUUCGACAUCAACUUCUGUUCAAGGUUCUACCUGGCCUUCUGCAUUCAAUAAACGAGGUUUAGAUGUUGGGUUUGCAGAUCAAAGCCGAAUGUCAGGCAAUUUAUCAGAACAAAAUAGUUAUCCCAUAAAGUUCCAAAGGUUAGACGAUGGAACUGGUGCCUUCCAAAGAGUUAGUAAUUCUGCAGUUAAUACUGCUUCAAUUAAAAAACAUGGCACCAGCACUGUUGCUAUGGGUCAGGUCACAGCAGAUGUAGUUCAUUCUGAGAAAUCAAUGCCUCAGCUUCUGCCCGAUGUAGAGUCAGCUUUGUUACAGCAAGUACUAAGUCUAACACCAGAACAGCUGAGCUCAUUACCUCUAGAACAGCAGCAACAAAUUAUUCAGCUCCAAAAGAUGUUAUCAGCUCACAAAUAGUGUAGCAGACCUCAACAGGAAAAAUUAAUCCAUCAAGUCUCUUGUUGCCUGUGCUAUUCGUGUUGAUUCUUUGAUUUAUAUUGGGUUGGAGAGGAAUGCAUAAGGUUCUGCCAUCACUUCCGGGUGCAAGGAUUUUACUUCAUUUCGUCUGUAACAAUAGGAGAUAAUUUCUACAUGAAAUUCAUUUCGUCAAGUGUUUUUGAGUCAUUUGGCGUUUGGGGGGAAAAUGCUUAGAAGAUAAUAAUGAAAAUGCCAUUCUUUGAUGA